AUGUUAGUACUGAAUAAAAAUUUUAUGGAUUCUUCACAGGCUUUCAACUUUGCAUUCAAAGGGUACUUCAAGAGCCUAUUUGGAUGUUCAAAAGAGCGAGAUGGCUAUAUAAAGUGGUUUGCUGGAAAUGUUGCUUCAGGGAGUGCUGCUGGAGCAACCACUUCAUUGUUUUUGUAUCACUUAGAUUAUGCACGGACCCGCCUUGGCACCGAUGCAAGGGAGUGCCCAAUUAGUGGUAAACGGCAAUUUAAUGGCCUACUGGAUGUAUAUCGUAGGACCUAUUCAAGUGAUGGAAUCGUAGGCCUGUAUCGGGGAUUUGGGGUUUCGAUCAUGGGAAUUACUCUUUACCGAGGCAUGUACUUUGGGAUCUAUGACACCAUGAAACCUUUUGUUUUAGUUGGUCGUUUUCAGGACAGUUUCUUUGCUAGUUUCUUCUUGGGUUGGAGUGUGACAACAGUUUCUGGGGUCUGCGCCUAUCCCUUUGACACAUUGCGACGUAGAAUGAUGCUAACCUCUGGACAACCGUUGAAGUAUCAUAAUGCCAGGGGCUGGAGUACUUGCAGGAUAUGA